AUGACUAAAAGCCCCCAGAAGGUGGAUAUUGGGGGUAAAUAUGAGCGUUACUGAGCCUCCCUCCGAGAGAUGGUGAAGAAAAUCAAAAUCAGCCAGCAUGCCAAGUACAUGUGCUCCUUCUGUGGCAAGACCAAGAUGAAGAGAUGGGCCGUGGACACUGGGCACCGGCGUUUUUGCAUGAAAACCGUCGUGGAGGGCUUCUGGACCUACAAUACAGUGGUCACUGCUGUCAUGGCCAAAUUUGCCAUGAAAGGACUGAAGGAGUUGAAAAACCAGAUCUGCCAACUGGAGCAUGGCUAG